AUGAGCCCACUGGCAUACCGGCGUGUCAUACGGGAGGAUGUGUGCGCCCUGGCAGAAGGACGGCUGAUCGGCGAGCUCACGACAGCUGGGCAUGAGAUCCCUCCUGGCAAUGAGAUUAGGAAACCACCUGAGCUUGAGGUGAUUGGUGAUGAGGUGGAGGAUAGGGAGUGGAGAGCGGAGAUAGCAGAGCGGAUGCAUAGGCUGGAGGUUCGCAAUGAGAGUCAGGCAGUGGCCAUUGCCAAGCUCGAGAGGCAACUGCGUGCGCUGAUGCUGUCCCGUACUCCACAGCCGGGCAUUGGCGUUGUCGAUACAAGGGAGGGACAUGGUGAUGUGAGAGGGGACGCUGCAGGAGAGGGACAUGUUGAUGUGGGAGGGGACGCUACAGGGGAGGGACAUGGGGAUGCGGGAGGGGAUGCUGUAGGGGAGGGACAUGGGGAUGUGGGAGGGAACAACGCUGGCACACAUGACAGCAUGAGAGGUGCACAUGGCGAGGGUCCUGUGGCUGACGUUGAGACGGGUGUAGGUGGGAAUAACAGUAAGCUUGAAAAAGAUGGAGAUGGUGAUAUGGCGGACGGUGCGAGGAGGGACAAUGAGGAAGUGGGGGUGCGUGAUGAAGGUGCCAAAGGCUUGCGGAGAUACGAGCCCUUCCGGCUCUCGGCGCGCGGCGGAACCAACCAACCGAUGGCGUACGGCGACGACGACGAUUACGACCGCGCGGCGGGCGCGGGCGUGCCCAUGGGGUCGUGGACCACGGGGUGCUGCGCGUGCGCGGACGACUGCGCCGGAGCACUGUGCGCGUGCAUGUGUCCGUGCGUGGUGGUGGGGCGCAUUGCCGAGGUCGUCACUGACGGCUACACCGACGCGUGCGUGGCGGCGUGCCUCUUCUGCUGCAUGCAGCUCUGCUCCCUCGGCGCGCUCGGCUGCUGCUACUCGCACUUGUUCCGAGCGCGUCUGCGCCACAACUACAUGCUGCCAGCGGAGCCGUGCCCCGACUGCUGCGUGCAUGCGCUCUGCCUCUGCUGCGCACUCGCCCAGGAGCACCGCGAGCUCAGGAACCGCGGCUGGGACCCCCGCCUAGGCUUCCAUGAGAACCACGAGCAGCAGCCUUCUCUUGCGCCAUGGGCGGCACCACCCCCGCCUGCACGUUCUUGUCCACCGCUGACUGCAUUGCAGCUGCUGUGCCGCCCUUCACGGGCUGGGGAUGGACAGAAGGGGAGAGAGGUGGAAGAGGAGGCCAGAGGCAGACACGUGGGUGUGUGGAUUGAGCCCUCUGGUGAGACGGCGGUUUGUGUUGACGGCGACACUUACGCGCCUCUUGCCACCUUUACGGCGGAGCCGGGCUCAGGUUCCCGUGUAUGGUCCGGUUGCUGCGUCGUGCUCCUGCCGCUCGCUUGCACACCCCACCGUUCUGUGACACCACCAGACGGGGCACCCGUCCCUCCCUCGUCUACGCGCUAUGUCUCGUCAGCGUCUUGUCUUAGGCCUCCCGCGUGUCUUGCCGUCACUGCUGCCUUCGCUUGCACUGCAGUGCGGUCCCUGCGUCGAGGGUCGGCUGCGCGCCACCCCUCACUCUCCUCCCUUCGUCCGGCCACCGAGCCUUUUGAGACGCUCCACUUGGACGUCUGGGGCCCCGCCCCUCGCCUUGGCCCUGAGCGCGAGCGUUUCUUUUUGGUGGUCAUUGACGACUACUCCCGCUACACCACUGUGUUCCCCCUGGCAGAGAAGUCUGAGCGGAACCUCAGGCCACGCGUCUCUUGGCUAGAGGCUUUACCGACCAGUCUUUGGACCGGGUCCCCUGGUGUUGCGUCGAGGUUUCGUGUCUGGGGUUGCUUGGCUCUUGUCCGCGACACUUCCGCGGACAAGCUCUCGCCUCGCGCCGUUCCCUUUGUCUUCCUUGGUUUCCCUGAGGACUCCUCUGACUUCACCUUUUACCACCCUCCCUCUCACCGGUUCUUUGACUCCCGUGACGUCCGUUUCGAGGAGUCCACCCCCUACUACGUCAGGUGCAGCCUCCUUCCCCGCAGUCCUCCUCGCAGCCUGCUGCAGGCCCUGUGGGAGCCGGUGCUCGUGGAGAGGGCCCUACAGGUGCUAGCUCUAGGGGUGCUGGAGUUGGAGCUGAGCUCGUGGUUGCAGGAGACUCUUGUCUUCCGGGAGCUGGUGCUGGUCCUGCUGACUUUAGGGGGUGCUACGUCUGGGGGUGUGGGUAUCCUCUUCGGGUCCUGGUGA